CAGUGUUCUGGGAUGCUCCGCACGUGAUGUCUGUCGGACCGAGCGCCUGCAUCAGCUUGUGCGGAAACAUCAUCUUCCCUUCUUUUGAAUCCACAAUUCCAUUACCUGAACUGCCAUAAUAUGUCCUGAAUACAUGCUAUUCAACCCCCAAACGAGAGCACACAGCAACCAUUUCAAAAGUAACAGCAAUGGAGGAGGAAGAAGAGAUUUGCAGAGUUUGCCGAUCCGAGGGCACGCCUGAACAACCGCUGUUCCAUCCUUGCAAAUGCUCAGGCACCAUUCGCUUUGUGCAUCAAGACUGUCUGCUGGAAUGGCUGGAGCAUAGUAACAAGAGAUACUGUGAACUAUGCAAGCACAACUUCUCUUUCACUCCCAUAUACUCACCCGAGAUGCCAGAGGCAAUCCCAAAGCGCGUGCUCAUCGGCCGAGCAGUCGAAAAACUGUCGAAAGCGGUGCAGCUGGUUCUGAGAGGGAUUAUUGUCAUUUGGGUAUUGUUGGUGAUGCUUCCGUAUUUCACGAUAUGGAUCUGGCGACUCUACUUCUGGAUCGGAGAAACGUUCGCGUUUAGGGCUAACGGUUUGGAGACACCAAUGUGGAACUCGACCACGUUUUUCGCCUCCAGACACAACUUGACAUUAACUCGUCCAUCAACCACAGCAGGAAAUGAAAGAGCAGUGGACGGAAUCACAGUGCUGUUCCUGCAAGCUCUUGCCCCUGAACACCAGUGGAUCAGUAAAUUCAUACUGGACUGCUUCGAGGGCCAAAUUAUCAUCUCCGUUGUCGUUGUCGUAUUCAUGGCAAUUUUCUUGUUGCGCGAAUGGGUGCGUCAGAACCGGGACGGAGAUUUAAUAGGUAUGCCCAUGGACGACCCAGCAGCACCAGUACCAGAAGUAGAGGCAGAGGCACAAGGAUUCAACAUGGAGCAGGCCGUGGAGCGGUUUAUUGCGGCUCAGCAUCAUAUCGAGGCGGUCGUAGAAGGCGAUGUAGAUCUCAGCGAGGAUGACGACGACGAAGAAGAUAUGGAGGUUGAUGAGUCGCACACGAACGCACCAAGUCAUUUACUCAACUCGACUACGGAACCUUGGAAUCUUAUGGAUUUUCGGUAUCGUUCUGAAGCAGCAGAAAGCGAAGGCAGCUCAACAGCACAGGGACAUAGAGCGCCAUUUUUUUGGGAGACUGCAUCUGCAUCCACAUCAAAUACGAACAACGACAUUCAGCGAGGGAGUGGAUCAGAUUGGAUGGGGGAAUCCCAGGGCUCGAGUGAUGCUCUAAAUGGCGAGGGAUCAUCAAGCGGCUCCAAGACUUUACAGGACGGACGUGGAGAUUCCAUAUUUAGCAAGGACGGAACUCCGCUCUACUGGAAGUCUGGCAUACCAUUGACACACCAAAACGUCUACUUAAACGAGGAUGGCAGUGUGAUGUCAUUACAUGAGAUGAUGGCCCGCUACGAUGACCUUUGUCAGGAUGGGAAUCUCGAGGCCGCGGACAUUCAAAGGCUACCAACGCCGUGGCGACAUCCACAAAUGGCACAAGCACAACAACCAUUGGAGGAACACGCUCCUGGCAUGGGAUUUAGAGAGGAGCAGAGGCAAGAGAUGAUAAGACGAAUUAAUGAGCGAGGCAUACGGACUCGGCUACGACACGACGUUGCUAAUGAACCCGAAUGGAAUCCCGCGCAGGGCGCGGCUCCGCCUCGACCACUCGUUAUACCUCACCCUGUACCUGCAGCACCAGCCGUCCCACCUCCACCUCCACCCGCUCCCAUAGCUGUCAAUCAGGAUGACGAUCUAGAUGACCCUAAUGCAGAGGAAUUGGACGGUAUCCUGGAAGUCAUUGGGAUAAACGGUUCAAUCUGGCAGUUUCUCCAAGUGUCACUGCUGAUGUCAGCGUUGGUCUGUGCAAGCUUGGGGCUCGGCGUCUGGAUUCCAUAUAUGAUCGGAAAAACUAUUCUCCUCAUGAACCCACUCAACGUUCUCCGAGUACCGCUCGCCAUGCUCAGUCGACUUACGGAUCCAAUUCUGGAUUAUGUUUUUGAUCGCGUGCUACCUUAUGCUGGCGCUGGUCUCUCAAAAGCAAUGGCGAUGUUCGAAUCGACGCCUCUCGAGAUGUUAUAUCAGGAACAUGUCUUGCCUGCAUGGAACGCCAUUAUCGAAAUCGGUGCGUUCAAAGCAGCCCAGGAUGUUUAUUCCAAGGAUGCCACUGCCGUAGCUGUAGAGUCCCUGAUCACAUCCUCAGACGCGACAGUUAUAACAAAUACGACCGUCAUACACCAUGUCGUUCGAAAAUGGACAGAGAUCGCGUACGGCACCUCUUCGGGUGACAAAUUUGUGGCAAUUGCGAUUGGAUAUGCGAUAUGUUUUGCGCUGGCAUCCUGGUACUUUACGCGCGCACACCACGCCUAUGGACACACAUUUUCAAGAGGAGCCCGAGAAUUCCUUCGUCAACAAGGCCUAGUUCUCAAGAUUGCUUUCUUUGUCGCCAUCGAAAUGGUUGUCUUUCCGCUUUUUUGUGGAAUCGUAAUCGGCUUGUCAACUCUUCCUUUGUUCAAAGGCGCCAGCAUCACUUCGCGGGUGGCAUUCUACAGGACGUUGCCCAAUUGGUCACUCAUCAUGCACUGGUUAAUCGGGACCGCGUUCAUGUUCAACUUUUCGUUCUUUGUUGGUCUCUGCCGAAGGAUGGUCAGACCUGGUGUGAUGUGGUUCAUUCGGGAUCCUAACGACGAAGAGUUCCACCCUGUGCGCGAAAUUCUGGAGCGACCAAUCCUGCACCAACUCCGAAAACUCGGCUCUGGAGCAAUCAUGUACUUCACCCUGAUCAUUUUAGGCAUCACCUUGACGAUCCACUCCCUCAACCUUCUGAUGAAAGGCGUGCUGCCGCUUCGGUGGCCACUUGAUGAACCCAUUUCGGACCUUCCCGUCGAUUUGCUAUUAUUCCACCUAGUUUUUCCCCUGACAGCCCGUUGGCUGAACCCUGCAGUUCGUCUCAAGGCCAUCUUCGCAACUUGGUGGCGCAAACUUGCACAUUGGUUGAGACUGAGCUCGUUCAUGUACGCUUCUGAGGGUCAGCGCUUCUAUGACGAGGAGGGUCACUUUGUUUACCGCAGCUGGAAGGCAUGGUUUCUGCGAUGGCGUCCACCUAUCCCUGGCGCGGAGGACAUGGACGAGACGAUGGGUAGUGGCGAGGAGCUGGACAUUGAUGCCCCGGUGAUAUUCGUAAGAAACGGUGGCCUUUUGCGAGUGCCGAAUUCGGACCACAUAUUACAUCUGAAGGACCGUCGAGUAUUAGUACCAGUGGAUGAGAACGGCAACGCACUGGACCCAAAAGAGGACCUUCCUGGUGAAAUUGAUCCGUUCAUGGAACUCCAGAUUCGACGAAGGGACGACCUCAUAGAUCCCAAGCAUAACACCAUCGUCGUGUACGCGCCGCCGCACUUCAACCAACGAUUGAUAGCAUUCGUCGUGUUACUCUGGAUAUCUGUCUCGAUGUUCCUUGCCCUGUCUGUUGUUGUUCCAAUGAUUGUUGGGCGAGCUGUGUUCAAGCUGAAGAGUGAGCGGCAAGUGCACGACAUUUACUCGGUUCUCGUGGGUGUCUACGUCUUGCGAGGACUUUGGUCAGUGCUGCAUUGGUCUUUAUCCACCGCUCGGUACAUUACAUCUCACGGACUUCAGCCGAUCGAUCCCAAGGCUCAGCUGAGAACUGCUUGGAACAUGUGUAGGCUGGCCAUGAAGUUGCUGUAUUUCGGGAUCACCUUUGGAGUGAUAUUACCCUUUAUCUUGGGCUUGAUGGUCGAGCUGUUUGUGAUCCUGCCUCUGCGCAACGCCUUGGAGGGCGAUUCUGACGUCAUAUUUGCGGUGAACUGGGCAGUUGGGCUGCUCUAUAUGAAGAUCAUCCAUCGGAUCCUGAGCGUUAUGCCGAAUAACAGAUUCGCCGCCGAUAUGAAUAGAGUCUUUAAUGGAACCAAUGUCAAUGACUGGGAUACGAGGCUUGCAACACGGCGGUUGAUUAUCCCAAUCUUUGGCAUGGUAACACUGGCGAUCGCUGGACCCUUUGUACUUGGAUGGAUCGCAGCAGAAGGUCUUGGCCUUACAGGUGCUGCUCGUCUUAAGGUGUUCAGGCAGGCAUAUCCAGUUGCAAUGGUGCUCAGUUUGGUGGUAUUUGGACUCAAAGAAAGUCUGGUUAUUCUGCGUGGAUGGAGUCAAUAUGUCAGGGACCAGGAGUACCUUGUUGGGCGACAACUUCACAAUCUUCAGGUGGAAGAGCCCGAGACACCAAAUGCCGCAGUGGAGGCUCCAGAUCUAGCUGAGGAAACAGCUAUCCUAGAAGAACAACAGCAGCAAGAAGAACGGCAUGCGUUUUGGCAACAGCCAGAUGCUACAGCAAGAGAAUCUUCUGUGGAAAGACAGGAGGACACGAUAGACGAGGAAACAGCGGAUCUAACGAGGGCCCAUCGAGAGCAGGCACUUGCAAAGGCGACAGCGUAUACAAACGAACAAAAGUAUGCACCAUCCCUUCUUCGGUCGAAUUCAAGAAGAGUGAAAGAUCCACCCAUUGGGUCUGAUGAUGACGACGAAGGAGAAUCGAUUGCAUAUCGGACGCGACUUCGAAGAAGUCGACGGCUGCAGACGCAGGAGGAGGCACUGAACACUGGCCAGAGUAGUAGUGUUUAUAGACGUGUAUAACAAGAUUAUUUCUCAUUUGAUAAUGCAC